GAGCAGUAGAUGUUGCACAUCGAAGCCCUAUUGCAUGUUGGUUCAGUGGUAUGCUUUGCUGUUUUGGUGGAUCGAUUCUGGCAUCUUUACUCCUAGGGGAACCUCCUAUUGAGUCUUUCACAAACAACAGAAAUAUAAUCCUGGCUUCAGUAAUUUGGUAUUUGAUAUUCUACUGUCCAUAUGACAAGUUCUACAAGUGCUGCAAUUUUUUACCUUCUAAGUUGUUUAUAGCUGGUAUGAAAGAAGUAACCAGGGCCCGCAAAAUAGUUGGAGGUGUAAUGGAUGCACACAGCCGCUACAGAAAUGGGUGGCUUGCCAUGAUAGCUGUUGGAUGGGCUAAAGGUGCAGGUUCUGGUCUGCUGUCUAACUUUGAGCAACUGGUCAGGGGUGUCUGGAUGCCUGAGAAAAAUCAGUUGCUGAAAAUGCCCUAUGCAACAAAAGUAUCUCUAAUUGGAGCUGUCCUCUUUACUUUACAAGAAAUGAAUUACCUUCCGAUGACUAGACACAACCUCAUCUUUUUGUACACUAUGUUUGUAGUUUCCACGAAGGUUGCAAUGGUACUCUUCCAAAUUCAUCACUCUCCUUUUGCACCAAUGGAAGCUGCUUUGUACAAUAUGGCAUUCAGUUGGCAAUCAUAUUCUGCUGACCCACACUUUAAUACUCCCGAACCUUGUGAUAAAGGCGAGCCACUGGAUGAUCAAUGUACUGCUUCCUCGGGUGCUACUUCUGAUGAAACUGAUGUCAGAAAACGGAAGACGAAGAAAGCUGAUUGAAAUAUUUGUUGAAAUCUUCAAGAUCUAUGAGGUUUUCUUCCUGUUAGACAUUUUUAAACCAGCCUUUUUGUGAAGUUUGAAAUUGAGAAAUACCUUUUGUAAUACUAAUAUUGAUGCACAGAGAAAUUUGCAAAAAAAGGUACUGAAAUAUGUAUGAAUGAAAAAUCUUAAAGUUCAACUAGACAUCCAUGUAAAACCUACUAACUUAGAUUUUGGAAUAAUACAUUGACUUUUGGUGAUAGCUUUAUUUUUCUAGGUUACUGUGGGUUUGUUAUAAUGGUUAGUGGAAAAUGCACAACACCUGCCUUUUUAGUGUAAUGAAAAUGUUGAGAAAACUUUUAAUAUUUAUACCAAGCUUAAAAUAUUUUUUAAGAUUGUAGUGCGUAUAAAAAUGUAUUUAAAGUCAACAGAAAUCCUACAUUUUCAGUUAUUUAUUCCUGUUAAAUGAUCAACCAGACACUCUUGAUGUUUUGGAAUAACAAAUGGGAGACCUGAGUUUGAGCCUGACCUUUGUACUCUGGUUUUCCUCAGUCUUAACGUGAUUGCUGGUGAAGAGAAGGAAAUGGGUUCUAGAAUGGACACGUAAUGAAUCCAUCAUUGAGUCCUAACCUUGGGUUUUCCUUAUUUUGCAUCCUCAGCUUUCAGAUAUUAAUAAUUACACGUCAGUCAUCAUAAUCCUGUUUAUGAUAACAUCCAUUGGAAUAGUUAUUGGCUAGAGUCAACAUUUUGAAUUUUCACACCGACUUAAUAAGCUUGUUUAUUUUAAAAUAUGUCUCAAUUUGGAGAUUAAAUUUUACAUCUAAAUCUAGAUUCUGUAUACUAGAUAUGAAAUGGUUUCAUUUUGUUUAAUAUCCAGAACCCUGAAUUUCCCCUUUUUCCUUGCGCAUGUUCAGAUCCAUAUUAUGCUCAUCCACACAAACACACCUAUACACACAUACACUUUGAUGAUAAAGCGCAUACAUUGUUAUGACAGUUUCUUAAGUGUUCACUGUUUAAAGGUGUAGCAUUUCUUUUGUAAACAUGUAUUUGUGUAUUUACUAUUUAAAAUGACAAAAUGAGGUAAAGAUUUUUUUUCGCAUGUAUUUUCAAAUUUUCUAAGAUUGUACUUUUUGAAAACCUUUUACAUAGGAGAAUAUAUCUUCAUUUAUUCUUUGGGUUGACAAUACUGUGAAGCAGCUAUUAAUCAUAAGCAUCAAAUGAGAACAGAGAAUUUAAACAUAUGCCUACGGUGCUUAAGGAAGCUAGCUGCAUGCCUAUAAAAUGAACAAAAUGUCUUGCAAGUGAUUGUAAUUUUCAUGUAUUGUUUGGUACUCAUCUUAAACUAAAUUACCAUAUUCAUCCUAAAGGUACUGGAUAAUUUCUUGAUCACUUUUAUGAUAGAUGUUAAGUUAACAGUGAUUUGUAAAUGUAACAAAAUUGUCAUUGAUCAAUGUGCAUUAGUUUUGAAAUAGGUGCAUUUUGGUUGAAGGAUAUGAAAAUAAAAUUAAACUUUCCUUCUA